AUGGAGCUUUGGGGAGUGUGCAGAUUAGGGGCCAGGGGGAAAGGCAUACUCGUGGUACUCGAGCCCUACAACAACGCCACCACCGGCGCCGUGGUCCGCUUAUCAACUGAUCUCAAUGUCCGGUUCUUCACCCCGACCAUCUGCGCCAGGAAGACGGUGUGGAAAGUCGACACCUACGACGAGUCGGUGAACAAAUAUUUCGUGAAGACAGGAGGGGUCGAAGGAAAUCCCAGCCCUCAAACGUUAAGCAGUUGGUUUAAGAUCGAGAAGUAUAAGAGCGUUUACAAGUUUGUGUUUUGUCCGACCGUGUGCAACUAUUGCAAGGUUAUCUGCAAAGAUGUCGGAAUCUUUGAGCAUAAUGGGGUGAGGUUCUUGGUUUUCUGA